AUGGUUCCACCUCCACCGGCCGCUAACAAGCCCCACGUCUGCCUGGCGGCGGCCCUCAUCGUGACCAGCCUGGCGCUGAUGGACGCCUACCUGGUGGAGCAGAAUCCGGGUCCCAGGAGGAUCGGCGUUUGGGUCACCGUGCUGGCAGGCGACGCGUGUUUCCUCAUCGUGCUGCGAUACGUCGCCGUCUGGGCCGGCUCGGAGGUGCACACGACCAGGCGAGGCUACGCCAUGAUCCUCUGGUUCUUCUACAUCUUCAUCCUGGAGAUCAAGGUCUACUUUGUGUUUCAGAACUACAAGUCCCAGGACGCAACUGCAGACGCAGAGGUGAUGGAUGCGGGCGUGUCCAGCAGGGCUCUGACCCUGCUGCUGUCCGUCUGCAUGCCCGUCGUGUUCUUAACGCUGGCAGCGAUCGACCAUUUGGAGUAUCUGCAGCCGUAUAGGAGACGAGAGGAGAUCAGGAGUCGUCUCUUCUGGGUGGUGGUGGACCUGCUGGACCUGGUGGAUGUUCAGGCCAACCUGUGGGAGCUCCAGAGGGGAGGGCUCCCCCUGUGGGUGGAGGCACUGAUCUUCUUCUACUGCUACAUCCUCCUGCUGGUGCUGCCCUGCAUCUCCCUGAGCGAGAUCAGCAUGCAGGGCGUGAACAUCGUCCCGCACAAAAUGAUGCUCUACCCGGUGCUCAGCCUGACCACCGUCAACGUCACCACCCUGCUGACGGGAGGAAAUCUGCUGGUUUACGGGGACGUCAGCGUGUCUGCGAUCAUGAUGGGGAAGAAUGUGGCCGCCAUAGUUGUGAAGAGCUGCAGUCUGGUGCAGUACAGGAAGCAGCCGGGUUCUCCGCCUGCAGAUCGGAGAGCCGAGAUGAGGAACAACUCUCUGGUCCGAGUUCAGAUAUCAAACACGCAGCCGGCGGUGCUGCCCAGAGUCGUGAUCGAGGACUUCACCACCAUACCGGAAGAGGAGGAGGAGGAGGAGGAGGAGAGAGAUGACAGAUGUGAGCAAACAAGACAAGAUGAAGGCAGCAGGAAACCAAACAACCCUCCACAAUGA